GCUAUGCAAGCCUACAGAGAAUCCAUUGAAUCUCUUUGGUUACGUUAUAAGAGAAGUAGCAACUCUAUGCAUCAAGAGGACUGUGAGGCAUCUGUUUGUGAUUCUGUGGCUGAUGUACAUCAUGAAAAUACAUAUGAAGAGGAGGAAGGUGAAACAGGCACAUAUAUUUUACCUGGAACACUUGAAAGUGGUGGGUCUUCAAAAUUCAAUCUCAAGAAGAGAAAAAUCUUCCCGCAAAAGUCAUAUGGCACAAAAUUAUAUGAAACUGGUGCAAAUUUGUCAGGUGAACCAUGCUUAGAUAGUAGAAUAGGAAAUCAACCAUUAACAUUGAUUGGAAAAGGACCAUCAGGUGCUCUGAAUGUUGGUUCAAUACCGACAAAACGUUUGCGAACAGCUGCUAGGCAGAGGUUUGUGAGUCCUUUCAGUACCACACCUACUGGUGGCAUGCAAUUAGAAGUAAAACAGAUGUUUCAAGUGGGGAUUACUAGUUUGUAUCAAGAUGAGCAGAGUUCAAUGCAUGCUGGGUCCCAGUGCAGGAAAAACCUGGAAGUUGAGUCUACAAUGGACUAUGACAGCCAAUUACCAUAUGACAACAGUGAAAUAUCUACAAAAAUUAAAAAGAAAAAGAAGCCUAAGCAUCUAGGGUAA